AUGGCGGAGCGGGGCGGCGGCGGUGCGGGGGCUGGCGGCGGAGAGGGGGAGGCGGUGGCGGCGGAGCGGUUCGGCGGAGAGCUCAGGAUGGCUCAGCAGCAGGCUCUGAGGUUCCGUGGCCCGGCCCCCCCGCCCAACGCGGUCAUGCGGGGCCCUCCCCCUCUGAUGAGACCUCCCCCACCCUUUGGGAUGUUGCGGGGUCCUCCCCCACCACCUCGACCCCCUUUUGGACGUCCUCCCUUCGACCCCAACAUGCCUCCCAUGCCACCUCCAGGAGGGAUCCCCCCACCGAUGGGACCUCCACAUUUACAGAGAGCCCCGUUUAUGCCUCCUCCCAUGGGCAGCCAUGCACCACCUCCUGGUAUGAUGUUUCCCUCCCAGGAAUGCCUCCUGUCCACUGCCCCUGGAACACCAGCAAUGCCCCCAGCUGAAGUCUGGGUAGAGAACAAAACUCCAGAUGGGAAGGUCUAUUUCUACAACGCACGGACACGGGAGUCAGCCUGGAGCAAACCAGACGGGGUCAAAGUGAUCCAGCAGUCGGAGCUGACGCCGAUGCUGGCAGCGCAGGCACAAGCCGUGGGUGCCUCCACACCCACCACCAGCAGCCCUGCCUCCUCAGCCUCCCCGUCCACCUCCUCCAGCACACAGUCCUCCACCACCUCCACCACGACCACGGCCACAUCAGUGUCACAAACCAUAUAUCCAGUGACACCUACCACACAAGACCAGACCCCGAGUUCGGGUGUUUCAGUUGCCACACCAUCAGUCAGUGUUUCAACCUCUGCUCCUUCUGCUACACCUGUGCAGACUGUACCCCAGCCAGUCCCACAGACAUUGCCUCCUGCAGUUCCUCAUGCAGUACCUCAGCCAACUGCAGCAAUUCCUGCUUUUCCACCAGUAAUGGUACCUCCAUUUCGUGUCCCCCUUCCUGGCAUGCCUAUUCCACUUCCAGCUGUCAGCAUGAUGCAAAUAGUCAGCUGCCCGUAUGUAAAGACAGUCGCUACCACCAAGACCGGUGUGUUGCCAGGCAUGGCCCCCCCCAUCGUCCCCAUGAUCCAUCCUCAGGUGGCGAUUGCUGCUUCCCCUGCCACCUUGGCUGGAGCAACAGCUGUCUCCGAGUGGACAGAGUACAAAACAGCAGAUGGGAAGACUUACUACUAUAACAACAGGACUCUGGAGUCAACAUGGGAAAAACCCCAAGAACUGAAAGAAAAAGAAAAAAUGGAAGAGAAGAUAAAAGAGCCAAUGAAAGAGCCUUCGGAGGAGCCUUUGCCAAUGGAGACAGAAGAAGAAGAGACAAAAGAAGAACCUAUAAAAGAACUUAUAAAGGAGGAGCCUAAGGAGGAAGAAAUGACUGAAGAAGAAAAGGCAGCUCAGAAGGCCAAGCCAGUUGCAACCACUCCUAUUCCAGAACCCCCUGGUAGGUUCUGGUGUGUGGUGUGGACUGGUGAUGAACGUGUCUUCUUCUACAACCCCACCACUCGUCUGUCCAUGUGGGACCGACCAGAUGACCUCAUUGGAAGAGCUGAUGUGGACAAAAUCAUUCAAGAGCCUCCCCACAAAAAGGGCAUGGAAGAAGGAAAAAAACUUAUUAGAGAAGAGCAUGAAUCUACAGAGGAUGCAAAUGAAGAUGAGCCCAUUAAAAUUAAAAAAACGCAAGUAAAUGAUAACAAGGAUAUUGAUUCAGAGAAGGAGGCUGCUAUGGAAGCUGAAAUUAAAGCUGCCCGAGAGAGAGCCAUUGUCCCUCUGGAGGCUCGGAUGAAGCAGUUCAAGGACAUGCUUCUAGAAAGAGGGGUCUCUGCCUUUUCAACGUGGGAGAAGGAGCUGCACAAGAUCGUUUUUGAUCCUCGUUACUUACUUCUCAACCCAAAAGAAAGAAAACAGGUAUUUGAUCAGUAUGUGAAAACCCGAGCAGAAGAAGAGCGCAAGGAGAAGAAAAACAAAAUAAUGCAGGCCAAGGAGGAUUUCAAGAAAAUGAUGGAAGAAGCAAAGAUUAAUCCAAGAACUACUUUUAGUGAAUUUGCAGCCAAGCAUGCUAAAGACUCGAGGUUCAAGGCAAUUGAAAAGAUGAAAGAUCGAGAGGCCUUGUUUAAUGAGUUUAUCACAGCGGCAAGAAAGAAGGAAAAAGAAGACUCGAAGACCAGAGGUGAGAAGAUCAAAAUGGACUUCUUUGAGCUUCUGGCUAAUCACCACCUGGACAGUCAGUCUCGCUGGAGCAAAGUGAAGGACAAAGUGGAGACUGACCCCCGUUACAAAGCAGUGGAUAGCUCUUCUCAGAGGGAAGACCUCUUCAAACAGUACAUAGAGAAAAUAGCUAAGAAUUUAGAUUCUGAGAAGGAGAAGGAGCUGGAGAGGCAGGCUCGGAUCGAGGCGAGUUUGCGGGAGCGGGAGCGGGAGGUGCAGAAAGCUCGUUCAGAGCAGACCAAGGAGAUUGACAGAGAACGUGAGCAGCACAAACGUGAGGAAGCUAUACAGAACUUCAAAGCCCUGCUGUCUGACAUGGUGCGUUCCUCAGAUGUGUCCUGGUCUGACACCAGGAGGACUCUGCGCAAAGAUCAUCGCUGGGAAUCUGGAUCCUUGCUAGAGAGAGAAGAGAAAGAGAAGCUCUUUAAUGAGCACAUUGAAGCACUUACCAAAAAGAAGAGGGAACACUUCAGGCAGCUUCUGGAUGAAACCUCAGCGAUAACUUUAACAUCAACAUGGAAAGAAGUGAAAAAAAUCAUUAAAGAAGAUCCAAGGUGCAUUAAAUUUUCCUCGAGUGACAGGAAAAAACAAAGGGAGUUUGAGGAAUACAUUAGAGACAAAUACAUUACUGCCAAAGCUGACUUCAGGACACUACUGAAAGAGACCAAAUUUAUCACAUACAGAUCCAAAAAGUUGAUCCAGGAGUCAGAUCAGCACCUGAAAGAUGUAGAGAAGAUCCUCCAGAACGACAAGCGCUACCUGGUCCUGGACUGCGUCCCCGAGGAGAGGCGCAAGCUCAUCGUGUCCUACGUGGAUGACCUGGACCGCCGGGGCCCACCCCCCCCUCCCACAGCUUCAGAGCCCACCAGAAGAACAACAAAAUAGUUAGGAAGCACCCUCCAGGCAAGGGUAUCUGUUAAAUCAAAAAAAGCUUGCAUGAGCCAUCUGUCAGGUUUAUACAUACACAUCACCGUGAAUAUAUUGCAAAACCAUCUGAGGAGCAGAGGAAGAAGCAGCGUUUGUGAACAGGAAAUGGUCUCCAGGGCAGCAGGGAGGGGGGAAUCAGCCACACAAACUCAGGUUAAAGGUUAUUUAUGAGUUUGUGGGGAGUGACUGACACAAAAAAAAACAAAACAACCAAACAGCAUAUGGGCUGUGUUUGGAAACUUCAGAUCUGGGAGCAGGGCAGUGUCUGUUGGUGAGGUGGGGGUGGCUGAUGUUGGGAGGCAUUCUCAGCAGUGUCCUACACCAGGUGGAGCUUGUGGGAUGCACUGGUACCCAGGGGGUGUCCAUCUGCAGGAGGGGGGGGGGGCUGGCUGGUGGCUCACACUGAUCACUGAGGCUGCUCUGGAAACACCAGCCCCAGUUCUCUGCUUGCUUUCAUCCCUGUAAGCAGAAUUAAAUCCCUCGAGCUGAGGGAGGAGAAUUGGGACUAAGAGACUGAAGUAAAUUUGUUCACAGCUCUGCUUUGUUCCUUUCCCCAUCCAUGAGUUAGAAGCAAAAUCAGGUUGCUCUGCCCAAGUGAAGAUUUGUCUAAUAAUUUUUACUCAAAGUUGGAAACACUUGGUAAAUAUCAGUGGUCACAGAGCAGAACAGGACGGUUGUAUAAACACAUUUUUAUUUACAAGAAAGUGAUCUUUACAUACUUCUGGAUUAGACUGUGGAUUUCCCCUCUGGGCAAUUCUUGUAAACUAUACUCCUGUUUUGAAUGUUAAACUUGUGUUUCUAAAGUUUAAUUUUGAAAUGUUGGGAUUGUUCAGUUUAUGUAUUUGAACUACAAUAAACCAACCCUUUUUAUA